CACAGACUUUACCGCCAGGGAGCAUAAACGGAGUUCGGGAGAAAAUGUUGACUGGAGUCUUUGAAUGAUUCAGUUAUAGACUCUUUCUUUGUCUUAGACAAGCUUGUAAUGUCCACGGUUCGGGAGAUGAAAUUGUUUUCUGGGCAGAACGCAUCCAGAGCCAAACAGAGGCUCCCAUUAAAUCAGUGAUUGCACCAAAUCGGUUCAAGUUUUAUCUGCGUGGAGUAAAAAAUUUACUCCCUCCCGCCAGAGAGCACCGAUGAUGUCUCUAGUGGUUCACCUGAAGACGGUGGCUCACCUUCGGGGGAAAGGUGACAGGAUCGCGAAAGUUACAUUCAGAGGUCUGCCCCUCUACAGCCGAGUAGCAGAGAACUGCGAGGAAGUGGCUUACUUUAAUGAGACUUUUCGAUGGCCCAUUGCCAGCAGACUUGAUGAAAAUGAAAUGUUGGAGAUCCAAGUCUAUAAUUAUAGCAAAGUCUUCUCAAAUAGACUGGUAGGGACUUUCUGUAUGGUGCUCCAGAAAGUGGCUGAAGAGGGACAUGUAGAGCUGACAGAUACCCUGAUUGAUGACAACAACACAUCAAUAAAGACCAAUGUCACUAUCGAUAUCCGAUAUCAGUCGAUGGACGGCACAGUAGGAAUGUGGAGUGAUGGAGAGUAUCUGGAUGUUCCUGAUGACCGGGAUGGGAUGUUUGCCUUUGAAACAGACAGCUUACUUUCAGGACAGAGCCACGGAUCAGGCACCUCUCCCGGCCGGUCGCUGCAGGGGUCCAUACCAACCUUCCGGAAAGCAGGGAGAGGAGUUUUCUCAGCCAUGAAACUUGGAAAGACAAAAAGCUCAAAAGAUGACCAUAGGAGAGGAGAUGAACCAGCAAUCCUGGAAAUGGAAGAUCUGGAUAAGAAAGCCAUGCGUCUUGCUGGAAUGCUAGAGCCGGACACCAUAUCUUUGGCAUCUGUGACUGCCGUCACAACCAAUGUUUCCAAUAAAAGAUCAAAGCCAGAUAUCAAGAUGGAACCAAGCGCUGGACGACCAGUUGAUUACCAGAUCAGCAUCACAGUGAUCGAAGCUCGACAGCUAAUAGGUCUAAACAUGGACCCUGUGGUGUGUGUGGAGGUUGGAGAUGACAAGAAAUAUACAUCCAUGAAGGAGUCAACCAACUGCCCAUACUUUAAUGAGUAUUUUGUGUUCGAUUUCCACGUCCCUCCUGAUGUCAUGUUUGACAAGAUCAUCAAGCUCUCGGUCAUUCAUUCUAAAAACCUUUUAAGAAGUGGAACAUUGGUGGGAACGUUUAAGAUGGAUGUCGGGACUGUUUACUUUCAGCCUGAACACCAAUUCUACCACAAAUGGGCCAUCCUGUCUGACCCUGAUGACAUCACAGCAGGGUCCAAAGGAUACGUUAAAUGUGACAUUGCCGUUGUUGGGAAAGGGGAUAACAUCAAGACCCCACAUAAAGCCAAUGAGACCGAUGAAGACGACAUAGAGGGAAAUCUCCUCCUUCCAGAGGGAAUCCCAGCUGAAAGGCAAUGGGCAAGAUUUUAUGUCAAGAUCCACCGGGCUGAGGGACUUCCUAAAAUGAACACCAGCAUAAUGGCGAAUGUGAAAAAGGCUUUUAUUGGAGAAAACAGAGACCUUGUUGACCCCUAUGUUCAAGUGCAGUUUUCUGGGCAAAAGGGAAAGACAUCGGUCCAGAAGAGCAGCUACGAACCAAUCUGGAAUGAGCAGGUCAUCUUCACAGAGCUAUUCCCUCCUCUUUGCAAAAGGAUCAAGGUACAGAUUAGAGACUCUGAUAAGGUCAAUGACGUUGCCAUAGGAACACACUUCAUCGAUCUACGGAAGAUCUCAAAUGAUGGUGAUAAAGGUUUUUUGCCCACCCUUGGUCCAGCCUGGGUCAACAUGUACGGUUCCACCCGCCAGUACACACUGAUGGACGAGCACCAGGACCUAAAUGAUGGGCUUGGCGAAGGUGUAUCCUUCAGAGCUCGCCUCCUUAUCUCUGUGGCUGUGGAAAUCCUGGACACCACAUCGCCUGAAAUCAUCAGCUCAACUGAGGUUCAAGUUGAACCUAUUUCCAACAUCUCAGAGAGUGCAACAGGAAAAAUGGAAGAGUUCUUCCUGUUUGGUUCAUUUCUGGAGGCGACUAUGAUCGACAGAAAGAUUGGUGACAAACCAAUAAGCUUUGAAAUUACCAUAGGGAAUUAUGGCAACCAGAUAGAUGGAGUGAGCAAGUCUUCCUCUGUGAAGAAGAAAAAGAAAGAAGGUGAGAAUGGGGAGGAGGAAAAUGAACUGAUCCAGAACUCCAGUGAAGAUGAGGAUGACGAUGAUGGGGAACUGACCUCAGUCUCCUCGACGCCUCCCAUGAAGCCCUUUAUCACAGACAGAAAUUACUUCCAUCUGCCCUAUUUUGAGAAAAAGCCUUGUGUCUACAUCAAGAGCUGGUGGCAGGAUCAGAGGAGGCGACUUUAUAAUUCAAACAUGAUGGAUAAGAUUGCAGACAAGUUGGAAGAGGGCUUAAAUGAUGUUCAGGAGAUUAUUAAGACAGAGAAGGCCUUUCCGGAGCGAAGACUCAGGGGAGUUUUGGAGGAGCUCAGUAUUGGCUGCAGUCGGUAUUUGACACUUGCCAACAAAGAUGUAAACCUGUCAGGCAGAACCAAGCUUGAUCGAGAACGGCUCAAGUCAUGCAUGAGAGAGAUGGACAGCAUGGGGCAGCAGGCCAGGCAGAUUCGCACACAGGUGAAGAAAAACACGGUCAAAGAAAAACUUAAGCUGGCGCAGAACUUCCUGCAGAGGCUCCGUUUCCUUGCUGAUGAGCCUCAGCACAGCAUCCCAGAUGUUUUCAUCUGGAUGAUGAGUAACCACAAGCGCAUCGCUUAUGCCCGGAUUCCUUCCAAAGAUAUUCUGUACUCCGUGGUGGAUGAAGAGACUGGGAAAGACUGUGGGAAAGUCAAAGCCGUCUUCCUCAAGCUGCCUGGGAAGAAGGGUUUUGGUCAUGCUGGCUGGACAGUUCAGGCUAAACUGGAGUUAUAUUUAUGGCUUGGCCUUAACAAGAACAGAAAGGAAUUCCUAAAUGGUCUCCCAAAUGGUUUCGAAGAGAUUAAAGCCACCAAAACAGGCCAGUCUGUGCCUCCAGUUACUCUCGUCUACAACAUGAAGCAGGUCUUCCAGCUGAGAGCUCACAUGUACCAAGCCCGCAGUCUGUUUGCUGCUGACAGCAGUGGGCUUUCAGAUCCCUUCGCUAGAGUUUUCUUCUCUGCACAAAGCCAGGUUACUGAGGUUUUAAAUGAGACCCUCUGCCCCACGUGGGACCAGCUGCUAGUGUUUGAUGAUGUGGAGCUGUUCGGAGAGGCUACUGAGCUGAGAGACGACCCUCCAAUCAUUGUGGUUGAAUUCUAUGACCAAGACACUGUGGGUAAGGCAGAGUUCAUAGGUCGGACGUUUGCAAAGCCCACCAUUAAGAUGUGUGAUGAGCCUUACGGGCCCCCAAGGUUCCCCCCACAGCUGGAGUAUUACCAGAUAUACAGAGGGAACAACACUGCAGGAGAGCUGCUGGCUGCUUUUGAGCUACUACAGAUACCUUUUGAUGCAGAGGAGAUCAGGCGAGCUCUAAUCGCUGUCCAUGACUUUGCUGUUCCUCAAAUAAAGGACUUGCCAGAAAACGAGCUGCUCCAUCCUCCUCUUAAUAUUCGGGUUGUGGACUGCAGAGCAUUUGGACGCUACAUCCUAGUGGGGUCCCAUGCUGUUUCCACCCUGAGACGCUUUAUCUACAGUCCUCCAGAUAAAAGCUGCAGCAAUUGGGCCUCUGCAGCUAAGCUAAUGAAUGGCUACAUGGUUCUAACCAAUGGCUGCUCCCACGCUCGCUCCUCACCCAGCCUUUCUUCCCGCACCCUGUCUCGCCCCGCAGGUGACAUCGCCCUCAACCUCGAAGCAGAGCCUCCUAUCCGAAAGAUGGACACAGUUGUCAAGUUGGAUGCUAUGUCUGAUGCUGUUGUAAAAGUUGACAUGAGUGAAGAAGAGAGCGAUAAAGAAAAAAGGAAGAAGAAAAAGAAGAAGAAGGGAGGAUUGGAGGAGGAGGAAGAGACAGAUGAAAGAGUGCUGGACUGGUGGUCCAAAUAUUUUGCUUCCAUUGAGACGCUGAAGGAGAACCUAAGAUCCCAGGAAGCAGCUCAGACAGACGCAGAGGACAGAGAAGACCUUGAGAUAGCAGCUGAGGGAGCAGAUAUCAGACCUGAUGAGCUCCAUCUAAAAGGCUCCAGGAUGAAAGAAAGGUUCAAGGACAAGAAGAUCUCCAAGGACAAAAAGAAAAGUCAUGCUGCGGACGCCUCUGAGAAACGGCCUCCUAAAACAAGAGUGGAAGAAAUGAUGGUGUACAACAAAGAGCUGGAGAGUGAGUAUGCAAACUUUGAGGACUGGCUUCACACUUUCAACUUAUACAGAGGAAAAGCCGGAGAUGAUGACGAACACGCCCUGGAUGAUGACAGGAUUGUGGGCAGAUUCAAGGGCUCCUUAUGUAUGUACAAAGUACCCCUCUCUCAGGAGAUCACAAGAGAAGCAGGGUAUGAUCCCAAUAUGGGGAUGUUCCAGAGCAUUCCUCAUAAUGAUCCCAUCCGCGUUCUUGUUCGUAUCUAUGUGGUCAGGGCAACAGACCUACAUCCUGCUGAUAUCAAUGGAAAGGCCGAUCCAUACAUUGUCAUUAAGCUGGGCAAGUCAGAAAUCAAAGACAAAGAGAACUACAUCUCUAAGCAGCUAAACCCUGUGUUUGGGAAAUCCUUUGACAUUGAGGCCACCUUCCCUAUGGAGUCAAUGUUAACGGUCUCUGUUUAUGACUGGGAUUUGGUUGGCACAGACGACCUCAUUGGGGAGACAAAGAUCGACCUUGAGAAUCGGUUCUACAGCAAGUACAGAGCAACCUGUGGCAUUGCGUCAAGCUACUCUGUGCAUGGAUACAACAUCUGGCGGGACCCUAUGAAACCCAGCCAGAUCCUAGCAAGGCUUUGCAAGGAAGGGAAGGUUGAUGGACCUCAUUAUGGACCAGGAGGCAAAGUCAAAGUGGCAAAUCGAAUUUUUACUGGACCAACAGAAAUAGAGGAUGAAAAUGGUCUGAAGAAGCAGACAGAGGAGCAUUUAGCCCUGAUCGUGUUGAAUCACUGGGAGGAAAUUCCUCGUGUUGGCUGCAAGCUCGUUCCUGAACAUGUGGAGACCAGGCCCCUUCUUAACCCAGACAAGCCAGGGAUCGAACAGGGUCGCAUUGAGAUGUGGGUGGACAUGUUUCCAAUGGAUAAGGCUGCUCCCGGACCUGCAAUUGACAUAUCACCACGGAAACCAAAGAGAUAUGAGCUCAGGGUGAUAAUUUGGAAUACUGAUGAAGUAAUACUGGAAGACGAUGAUUACUUCACUGGGGAAAAGUCCAGUGACAUAUUUGUCCGGGGAUGGUUGAAAGGGCAGCAGGAAGACAAACAAGACACAGAUGUGCAUUACCACUCCCUGACCGGUGAGGGCAACUUCAACUGGCGCUUCGUCUUCCCCUUCGAUUACCUUGUAGCUGAGGAGAAAAUCGUAAUCUCUAAGAAGGAGUCCAUGUUCUCCUGGGAUGAGACUGAAUACAAAAUCCCUCCUCGUCUCACGCUGCAGGUCUGGGAUGCUGACCACUUUUCAGCGGAUGACUUCCUGGGUGCUAUUGAGUUGGACCUGAACAGGUUCCCCCGUGGGGCAAAAACUGCCAAGCAGUGCACCCUCAGCAUGAUCCGAAAUGAGCAGGAACUUCCCACCAUUUCUAUCUUCAAACAGAAAAGGGUCAAAGGCUGGUGGCCUUUUGUGGCACGUGAUGAAAACGACGAGAUGGAGCUCACAGGCAAAGUUGAGGCUGAGCUUCACCUUGUCACUGCUGAGGAAGCGGAGAAAACUCCUGUUGGACUGGGAAGAAAUGAGCCAGAUCCACUGGAGAAACCCAACCGUCCAGACACCACCUUCCUGUGGUUCCUGAGCCCGUUGAAGGCCAUCCGCUACCUGGUGUGCAACCGCUACAAGUGGCUGAUCAUCAAAGUCGUGCUGGCCCUGCUCCUGCUCGUCCUGAUUGGCCUCUUCCUCUACAGCAUGCCGGGUUACCUCGUGAAGAAACUUCUUGGAGCUUAGAGCAACACUGGGAGGAAGGGGAGGAUCAAUGGCGGGAGGUGUGGGGGGUACUGUCCUAGUGGAACGGAGAAAAACUCCUCUCCUUCCUCUCUGUACUUUUGAACUCCACUUGCUGUUUUAACACUAAAGAGAACUGACCAAACAGCAAUCUUUAACAUCAAAAUAACCCCUGAUUUAUGCUUCUUUAAAAUGUUUUUAAUGAAUUUUUCUUUACCUGUUUGCUCAGAGUUCUAUUCAUGAAUGUGACAAACUGUCGGGAUAGUGGCCAGAUGAUUGCAAAGGGAUUCUUGAUAAAACUUUGCUCCCUUCUGAUUGAGCAUUUAAAAGAAAUUCAUUAACAUGAAGGGAAUAGCUGUGUACUCUACGUUACGCAGUAGUUGCAAACACCCCAGAAGUAAAAUUGAGCUUUUUAUUUUAUACUUUUAUUAAACACUAAUAUCUUUAUAUAUUUUACUUCAAAGAAUACAGUGCUCUUAAAAAGUUUUUGUCAACCCAUAGAUUUCUCUUGCCGUUGUAUUUUUGUCAAUCAAAUCUGGAAAUCAGACAAGGAACUCAUAAAAUUACUAUUUUUUUUUUUUUAUUAUUGAACCAUCUAAGCUUUGUGUGGAAAAAAUACAAACCAUCUUCUAUAUGUAAACAUGAAGUAGCUGUGAUAAACUACAAUUUUUUGCAGCGUAAGUUACAUUCUAGCUCUACUUGACAACUAGAAGCGUAACCUUACUGGAAAAAGGAGGAUCAGGUUACAAAGCCACGUCGAAGGCCGUGGGAGUCUAGCAAAUCACAGUGAGAAGCAUUAUUUACAAAUUGGACUUCCGUAGUUGAGGUUCCCCAAACAAUUCCCUCUAAAGAAUUUAUUGAUCCCCAAGACUUUAUGAGAAUAUUCUAGACUGACAAGACAGAAACUCUACAAUGCAGGGUUGACAGAAUGGGACAAUGAUCCAGAAGGUUUUAGAACGGCCUGGUCAAGAUUUUCACCUAAACUUGAUUGAGAUCCAGGGACAUGUCCUUAAACAGACCAUAAAUAAAUGAAGGGUGGCUGAAUUAAACCAAAACCAGAGGCAAAAAUCCUCUACAAGGUAGUAAAAGUCUCAAAAAUAAAGUGUCAGAUUGGUUGUUAUUACUCACGAAAUCCUCAUUAGAUACAGAUUUUCAUAUUUCUGUGACAUGUGCGCAAUGCUUUU